AUGUUUUAUCAACAUAAUUUUAAGUAUGAUAAUGAAUUAAUUGAAAAAAAACAUUUGGUUUCAUUCUAUAAUGAAGAUAGUAAAAAUAAUCUUCGCGCUGCUCCUAAAAUUACAUACUCUCAUAUAUUUCCUGGGCCUUUUGAAAAAAUGCGCGUAUAUUUAGCAGCACAGGUGUUUAGUGAGAGUGUCUCAGCUGGAAUGCUACUUUUCUUAAACUCAAGCCACUUACCUGAUACUUCAUUGCCUACAAUCAACUUUAUUCAAAAUAUGGAUAAACUUUUUGACAUAUUUAAUUCUUCUAGACGACCUGGCUUAAAACAAUUUAAUAGACCUUUUAAAAAUACUGAUUCGCAAAUUUCACAUUUAAAAUUUAUGGAAAACUUUUUUAAAACAUUACAAGUAUUUAACAAAAAAACAAAUGUUGAAGUGACAAACCAAAUGAAAUUUAUUAGAGGUUGGUUAAUUUCAAUCUCUGGUUUAUUUCAAUUGUGGGAAUCAUUAAAAGUUACCAAUACUGAUGAGAGUUAUGUUCUGUAUACAAGUCGAAUCAAUCAAGAUAGGUUGGAAAAUUUAUUUGGCACGUUUCGUACCCAACAUAACGGAAAUAAUAUUAAUCCAACCCCAAUACAAUUUAUCUGGUCAUAUAAACAAAAUUUUUGUCUCAAUUAUUUCACCCACUCUGACAAUGCAAAUUGCAUAGGAGACUUGGAUGAAAUUUUAUCUAAAAUUAAUACAGAUCCCUUAAAUGACGAAAACAUAAAAAUAAUAUUUCAUGAUAAAAAUCCAUUUCAAUUUAAAAAAAAUAUACUUGCAAUAGACACCCCAGAUUAUAGGAAUUUAUCGAUGCCAGAAAAAAAUGCUUUCAUAUAUGUUUGUGGAUUUCUAAUGAAGAAAUGCAUUGAAAAACACUCUUGUGAUAUUUGUAUUCAAUAUGCAAAAUCACAAAACAAAUUGGAUGAGUCCUUUUUACUUUGCUAUUUCAAAGCAUAUGAGAAUGCAGAAAAAACAAUGUUUGGCAACUUAAUGAUGCCACAACAUGCAUUUUAUAAUUAUAUUGAUGAAUUGGAAAACAUAUUUAUAAAUAGAUUUCCACACAUAGCUAUUAACAAAGAAGUAGGUAUUAAGUUAAAAUUAAGCAUGAUUAAUGUUGUAUUUAGUCAUCCAUGUCCUCUUUUUAGUAAAGAUUAUUUAAUUAAUUAUUUUAUUAGAUUUAGAAUUCAUGCUGCAAUUAAAUUUUUAAAUAGGAAUUUAAUAUCAGAAAAAAUAAAAAAAAAUAGAAAAUUAUGUAUACUAAAUCAUUUAUGA